GAAAAAUACAAAAUUAUCAAGUGAUAGCUCUCGUUUCUCCGCUGCAAGAAUUGAUAAGAAUUUUCUUCAAAAGAAAAAUCUUUUUAAGUUGUUCACCGAAUUGUAACUCUAAAUCUUCACCUUGGGAGGGAAACCCUUCAUGACUUUGUGAAUUUUUGUAGUUUCAUCUGCAACACUCCGCAGCUGUUAAGAAUGGAGUUGUUAUUUAUUCUUCUAACAGCUGUGCUUUCAGUAAGCUGUAAAAAAUUAGUUGAAUUAGAUCCAGUCAUAAACUUGGAAGAUAUAGGACCAUACGAGCCGCAACAAAUUCAUCUAGCUCUUGGCAGAGAUGCCUCUGAGAUGGUUGUAACCUGGAGCACUUGGAAAAGCGUUGGCACACCUUUUGUCAUUUAUAAUCAAACUUUUCGUGCAGAUGGAUUCUCAAAAUUAUUCUCGGACUAUGGGAGUUUACAUCGUCAACAGUACUUUCACCGAGUGACGCUCAAAAAUUUGAGUCCAAACUCUACCUACACCUACAAAUGUGGAAGUGAUCUCCAAAUGUCUGAAGAAUUCUGGUUCAGAACGUUCCCAGGAGAUGGCGAAGACUGGAGCCCCAGUCUUUUGGUCUACGGAGAUUUAGGCUUAAAAAAUCCCCAAUCAGUGAAGGCCAUUACAAAAGAUGUCAUGUCCAAAAAGUACGAUGCCAUCUUGCAUGUUGGAGACUUCGCUUAUAACUUUGAUUGGGAAAACGGAACGGUUGGCGACAAAUUUAUGAAUCUGAUUCAGCCAAUUGCAGCUUAUAUUCCAUACAUGACAUGUCCAGGAAAUCAUGAAGGCUCAAACUUCUUCCACCAUUAUCGGAAUAGGUUCAGUAUGCCUGGAGACUCUCAGAGCAUGUACUACAGUUGGAACAUGGGUCCUGUUCACUUUAUCUCGAUUGACACGGAAGCAUACUACUUUGAUUUUAUUCGCCUGGUACAGCAGUAUGAGUGGAUCCGGUCUGAUUUGAAAGAGGCGGCAGAACAUGAGCACAGGAUUGUCAGACCAUGGAUCAUCACUUACGGACACCGCCCGAUGUAUUGCUCUGAUGACGAUGAUGAUGACUGUACGCAACGCGAAUCAAACGUCAGAGCUGGUAUCCCCAUACUCAGAGACUUCGGCCUAGGUUUUGGGCUUGAAAAAAUAUUUUACUAUUAUGGAGUGGAUAUGGAAAUUUGGGCCCAUGAGCAUUCAUAUGAACGUAUGUGGCCAGUGUAUGACCACAAGGUUUACAAUGCCUCUCUAGAUGCGCCAUACGUGAACCCUUCUGCCCCUGUCCACAUCGUAUCAGGAUCAGCUGGAUGCCAGGAGAACACAGAUACUUUCCCUAACAGUGUGCGCGAAUGGUCUGCAUUCAGGAGCAGUGAUUAUGGUUAUUCAAGAAUGAAAAUUCACAACAGAACUCACAUACAUUGGGAGCAGUACUCAGAUGACCAGGACAAAGUAAUUGAUAGCUUUUGGCUGGUGAAAGAAAAACACGCAAUGCGGCCUUUGCCGGACGAUCCUGAUGUGAAUAGUUUCUCAUGAUAAUUCUGUGCAACUCAACAACAAUGCUCAAUCACAUUAGUCAGCAAUCUCUGAUCAAAUUAGUGUCGUUAGCAAUAACCAUUGAAAUUAUUUUACAGUUUAUUUUUAUAGCAUGUUAUCAUUUUUCUUGUUUUAUCUCUGGUCUCUUACUUUAUUUUUAAGGUUUUCAUUGGUCUCGCUGAAGGUGCUUUUUCUUCUUACAGCAUGGAACAAAUUAGUUACUAUUUAUCUUUUUCAUUUACUCUAUUUUAUUUCAUAAAAGACAUAUUAAAAUGGUUGAUGUUUUAAAAGCGGUCACCACAUAGGAACUUUUUCCAUUUCUUUUAACCGUUUUUUAUUAGCAGUCGGAAGAAAACGACACUUACUACAUGCUUCAGUAAGCCGGUUGUGAAUAGUUGAAAAUAAUUUUAGACUGAAAUUAUGUAUAAUCAAUGAUCAACUUUAAUUCUAACUAUGAUGAACAUAUUUGUUUUAUAACUCUUCAUGAAAGUUGUUGCUUCUUUGGAAAAGGAAAAAAUAUCGCUCCUUAAAGAAUAGUUCCAGGCCUGUUUGGUGAAAGACACAGUUAAGCUUACUGUUAUCAUAUACGUAAAAGUACAUGUAGCUAUCAAUUUAUGUAGGCUCUUUGUUUGUGGACAAAGUUCUUGUUACUUUUUAUUUAUGCCUAAAAUGAUUUUGUAAGUCUUUUUUUCUCACAUGAUGGGCAAGCUUCUUUCUAUUGUGUAACUCAUUUUGAACGUGAAUUGAAAUCAUCGAGCAAAUUUUAAUAACGUGCCAUGCUGCAUUUUUUUGCCAUCUCAUUUACCAAAAUUUUCUCCCAAAAAUGAUUUAGGUAACAAAUUUUCAGGAAAAUUUUUUUUUCAAUUUUUUUUAAACAAACUUGUAUUUUUUUCAAUAAUUUCGCAAAAUGCUAGAAGUCAUCAAGGUUUAAUAUGAUCAAAGAUUUUAAUUCAUGAGAAAAUCUGUUACAUCUCAGAACCUAGUUGCCGCUUGGCCCAAUCUAUAAGAGGGGUUCCAAAAAAAAAAAAAAAAAACAAAGUUGUAAUUUAAAAAAUCUGAGGAUGAAAGGCUCACCAGAGAUUAUUAACGGCUGGUAGCUAAAAAUUCAUAGACAUCAGUCUUUUAGGUCUGGAUAUAACUGUGUAUGUUACAAAAAUUAUGUAACCAGGAGCUUCAAAUGAUGAUUUGAUCAAAAUUACUAGCGGUCGAAUCGUCAAUUCACGUUUAUUUACACUUCUACUUCUGCCGCAGAAUGGGUAGAUGCACAUGAAAAGAGGCACUUUUGUUUGCAUUUUCAUUAACAUCAACUCAACUUAGUCCCAAGACUAUUGUAAGUUACCUAUGACGGUGUAAUUUUUAAUGCUUUGUUAUUGAUUGUUUCUUAAAUAAAGAAGAGAUGAUUACACUGA